UAGUUAAUAACUGAAAUUUGGUUUGGAUUUGAUGUUACAGAAGAAGAGGGUAAUUGGUGAGGAAACAAUAGGGUUUUCAAAAGGGUAUAAUGGUCAUUUUGGUGGCUUUGAUCUGAAAAAUGGAGACAAUUAUAAUCAAUUCUUGGCAUUUAACAAUGGAGGAUUUUCUGUUCUUCCUACUACUACCAGUGGCAGUGAGGUGGUAGCAAUUCACAGAAAAUGGAGUGGAUCAGGAAAUGUAAUGAUGGAGUAUGGAUUUUUCCCAGGAAAAUCAGAAGAAAACAUGAUCAAACUCGACCGCGACGACAAUGAUAACAACAUCGACAAUUACUACAACAAAAUGGAAGAUUUAAACCUAAAAAUGGGAUUUAUUUCAGAUUCUUCAUCACCUUCUCCAUCUCCCUCUUCAUCAUCAUCCUUAUCUUCUCUCACAACAUCAACUACAACUACUUCCAACUCUUCUGUUGACUUGUCCUUAAAGCUUUCUAAUUACUAAAAAUUAAUUACUACUUUUUUUUUUUCUUACUAAAAUCUGAUCUUAAUUUGAAGUUGUAAUUAUUAAUCAAUUAAUGGGUUUUUUUUUUUUUUUUUUGGUGGGGAUGAGAAAUUAACUUUCUGUUAUUUUACAUAAUUUAGUGAAAUGAUCAGACCUAAACCUAAAAAGUACUGAUUAAAUUUUGCUUCUUUUGCUUACUCCUUUUCUUGCAGUAAGUCUGUUCUUGUUCUGCUACCAAAACUGUAGUAUGACAUUAAUUAUCAAUUUAUAAUAUAGUACAAGUAUGUUUUUAUAUUGGGUAUUGUAGUAUCUUUCUUGGGUGUGAUUAUUAAAUGAGUGAAUCUUAUGUUAUUUAUGAUAAUAAUGAUAAAUAUAAAGCCUAGACAUUUAUUGAUUGGGUAUGUACAGUAUAUACUUCUAUAAUUUAAGAUUCAUAAAUAAAUAUGCAUGAUUUUAAUUUUAAUUUACUUGUAUUUUGUUUUAGCAAUGCAACAUUAAUUAAAGUGCUCAGGAUCUAUGAUUCAGUUUUUAGAUGGCCAAUGCAGUUAGUAUGAUUGUACUUUGACAAAGUUUUUGAUGUUCAGCACUUAUUUGCUGUUUUGUUAAUCUAACACACAAAUUAAGCAUUGCUUU